AUGACGACCACAAACAUCAAAGCAGUCUUCUUUGACUUUAUGGGCACAUGCCUAGAUUGGCACAGCGGGACCAUCAAAGCAUUACCACAAUCCAUUUCGGAAAGUGAAAGAUCGGAUAUCGCUCUCAAAUGGCGCCACGACUACUUCGCUGCUAAUGCUGCACGUAUCGCUGCCAAUGAGCCUGUCGAGGACAUCGAAGUCACUCUUGGAAAGACCCUCAGUGCGUUAGUAGAGACGCGUCCAGCCCACAAACGUCUCUUUGAUAAAGAGACAAAGGAACGAUGUAUAGCUGCAUGGCACUCGAUGCCAGCAUGGCCCGAUGUUGCCCAGGCAAUUGAGCAGCUGAAAGCAAGCGGUUAUGAAGUAUUUGUCCAUGCGAAUGGAACCACACGACUGCAACUCGAUCUCUGCAAAUCAUCGGGUCUAUCCUUCGAUAUGCUGUUCUCUAGUCAGCUACUUGGCGUCUACAAGCCUGCUCCAGACAGCUACCGCGAGGUGUUGCGAUUGGUAAAUGUGAAGCCAGAGGAAACAGUGCUUGUUGCUGCGCAUGCUUAUGAUACUCGUGGUGCGAAGAAAGCUGGGAUGAAAACCGUAUAUGUCCACAGGUGGACUGACGACAUCAAUGAAGACAUGGAGGUUGUCAAAGGAGAAAAUGACUUCUUCUUGGGGGACAUGACAAACCUUGCCGGGGUUAUUCGGCAGCUUUGA